UAUCAGGGUACAGGAGAAAUUCUUAAGGCUUGAAGUCUCACUUGUAAGAAAUAGAGAAAUCAUUAUGAAGAACUACCACAUUGCCUUUCUCUUGGGGAUCAUCUUCCUGACUCUGCCUGGAGUUCAAGCGUUCUUGAUCUCCAAAAUAGGGCGCUGUUCCUGCAUCAAUAUCAUAAAAGGCAGGAUCCAGGAAAAAAACAUUCAAAAGCUUGUGCGGUUUUCCCCAAGUCCUUUUUGUUCACACGAUGAGAUCAUUGCAACAAUGAAAAAUGGGGAGAAACUAUGUCUGGACCCAGAUUCUCCCCGUGUGAAGUUUUUGGAAAAAAACUUGGAGAAAAUGAUUGACAAAAAGAAGAAAUCAAAAAGAGGAAAUAAAAGACAAAUCAAAAAGGGUAAAAAGUUUAAAAAAGCUCAUCGUCCUCCCCCAGGGAAGACUGCAUAAGAAGCCACUUCACCAAAAAAAGCCUUUCAUGUUCAAAAAUUUAAAAAAGGUGAAAAGUUAAGAAAAAUUCUGUAUUAAAAAUGUAUCCAAAAGUUUAGCCAAUAUCAUGACUACAAAUAUUAACCAUGAUGAUGAAAUAUUAAUGAAUAAUUUUUAAAUGUUCAAUUGUAUCUUAUUAUCCAAAUACAUGUAGUUUUCAGCA